UGAACAGCAGAGGAAAGAAGAGCUCACCCAGCUGGGCUCCUGAGCCAGGGCCAGGGCUCCGGUGAAACUCGCGCGCUCUGGCUCUGAGCAGGGGCCAUCCUGCAUGCCUAAUUGGCUAUUUAAGGAGCUGCCCGCCUGCAGUCCAGGCACCCCCCCUCCCCACGUACACCAGUCCAGAGCCACCUUAAAAGCGAGAGGCAAUUGUGAAGACACUGGCCAGCAAGUGGACUGGAGACUUCAGAAAGAGAUAAAGAGAGCAGAGAGAGGCAGCAAGAGAUUUUCCUGGGACCCAGAAAUUCACGGUAUCCCAAUGAAAAUCAAAUUCCCUGGAAAUUCAGAUACAGCAAGAGAAAGAGAGAUAAAUAUACUCAACGCCAGGAACUCUUCUUUCCUCUCUCUUCCUCAGUCUCUCUUAGUCCUUUAGUCCCCAAAUUCCUGGUUCCCUGUGCCCCUUCCUGGGGAUACCAUGUUGUUCUUCGCCCUCCUGCUAGAGGUGAUUUGGAUCCUGGCUGCAGACGGGGGUCACCAUUGGACAUAUGAAGGUACGAGCUACCACUUCACAUGUACCAGGGUAACUGGGGAGUCAUCUCUGCCUCUGGGCCCACAUGGUCAGGACCAUUGGCCAGCCUCUUACCCUGAGUGUGGAAGCAAUGCCCAGUCCCCCAUCGAUAUCCAGACAGACAGUGUGACAUUUGACCCCGAGUUGCCUGCUCUGCAGCCCCACGGAUACGAUCAGCCUGGAACUGAGCCUUUGGACUUGCACAACAAUGGCCACACAGUGCAACUCUCUCUGCCCCCAACCCUGUAUCUGGGCGGACUGCCCCGAAAAUAUGCAGCUGCCCAGCUCCACCUGCACUGGGGUCAGAAAGGAUCCCCAGGGGGCUCAGAGCACCAGAUCAACAGUGAAGCCACGGCCGCAGAGCUCCACAUGGUGCAUUAUGACUCCGAUUCCUAUGGCAGCUUGAGUGAGGCUGCCCAGAGGCCUCAGGGGCUAGCUGUACUAGGCAUCCUGAUUGAGGUGGGUGAGACUGAGAAUCCAGCUUAUGAACACAUUCUGAGUCAUUUGCAUGAGAUAAAACAUAAAGAUCAGAAGACUUCAGUGCCUCCCUUCAAUGUGGGAGAGCUGCUCCCCCCACAGCUGGAGCAGUUCUUUCGCUACAAUGGCUCACUCACAACUCCUCCCUGCUACCAAAGUGUGCUCUGGACAGUCUUCAAUCGAAGGGCCCAGAUUUCAAUGGGACAGCUGGAAAAGCUUCAGGAGACAUUGUUCUCCGCAGAAGAGGAGCCCUCUGAGCCCCUCAUACAGAACUAUAGAGCUCCCCAGCCUCUCAAUCAGCGGACUGUCUUUGCUUCAUUCACCCAAGUGGGAUCCUUGUACACCACAGGUGAAAUGCUGAGUUUAGGUGUGGGAAUCUUGAUUGGCUGUCUCUGCCUUCUGCUGGCCGUUUAUUUCAUCGUUAGAAAGAUUCGAAAGAAGAGGCUGGGAAACCGGAAGAGUGUGGUCUUCACUUCAGCACAAGCCACCACGGAAGCAUAAGUUCCGAGACAUCACAGAUGCCUUCCCUUUGUGCCUGUCGGGGAGCCUCUAAAGUGGGGUGCAGGGGCUGGACAGAAAAUACUACUAGGAGUUGUAGGCAGACACCCCUCCUUUUCUGGACAUCUCUCACGCAGAGGUAAGGACGAGAUUCUCAUUCAAGGAAGAACAGCAGAGCCUUUAGCCUUUGGCCUCUCAAACAUGUAGGAGGACACCAGGAGAUCCCCGUGUAUUAACACAGCGGGCAAACUAUGUUCAGCUGUAGGUGAAGUUGAAGAUGUGCCCCAAGUCUCCACCCCUCGCCUUUUUGUCCCUUCCCCUAGAUACACUGCAGGAUCUCCUCCAUGGAAAAAGGGCUGCUGCUGGGGUUACAUAUUUUUGUUCAGUAUAAUUGGAAAUUAAAGUUUCUGACCUUAA